AUGGAAGACCGGGUGGUGAUAAAUGGUUUCACAGUGAUUCCUCUGAAGCUAAACAAGCAGUGCAAGUCCUGCCAUCACGUAUACUUGAAGGAGCACAGCGUGAGGGAAACGGAUGCAGCAAAGCCCAAAGACAGGACACUUUUUAUAUUGAAUUUGCCACCAUAUUGUAAUGAGGAGUGUUUGAAGAGAUUGUUCUCUGACUGUGGAAAAAUUGAGAAUAUACAUAUUCAACAGAAACCUUCUUCAUCAGCACCAGAAGUCAAAAACAGAUUCUUUAAAAGUGCUAAAGAUAUAGAGGGUUUUAGGGUAGCAUACAUUGUGUUCCAUACACCUGCAGCUGUAAAAAAGGCAAAACAGUUCAAAUUUGAUCCCCCUAGGAUUCUGUCUACAGAUGAAAGUCCAGUUCUGACAGGGAUGAAAAAAUGGUGCCAGGAAUAUAAAGCCAGCUUACCAAAUGUACAUGCACUUCAGAAAGAAAUAGAUGCAUACAUGGAAGAGUUUGACAAGAAGAUUCAAGAGGAAGCAGCUCAGGCCAAGGAGGAAGAAGGUGUCCCUGAUGAUGAGGGUUGGGUGACGGUGACAAGGCACAGUAAAAACAAAGGAGUUCCCAGAACAGAAGCACAAGAAAAGAGAGUAACUCAGAGAGAGAAGAAGAAGAGAAAGGAAAAGGAAUUAUUGAAUUUCUAUGCAUUCCAAGUGAGGGAAUCAAAAAUGGAACAAAUUGCCAAACUUAGACAGAAAUUUGAAGAAGACAAGCAAAAAAUAUCAUUGAUGCGGGCAUCCAGGAAGUUUAGACCUUACUGACUGUAUAGCCUUAGCUACUGCAUAAAAGUUCAGUUCAUCCACAUCGGACAGUUUGUCUUGAAUAGAAAAUAUUAUAAUGAAUUAUCAUAGAACGGUACUGUAACCAGUCAAAAUUAUGAUUAGCAAUAGAUAUGAAUAUAAAUUUAAAGCAUCAUUUCUCUCACUCUCCUUUUCUCUCAAGUUUCUUUUCUUAGCCCAUAUCAGUUUAGUUUUACUAAGCAUCCAUCUGUCUGGUGUCGUGUCUGGAGUAUGCCUGAACCAACCUGAUCUUCACAGUCUUAUAAGUUCUAUAGAAAUUAGAAUUGCAAUUUGACUUGGUUAAUAUGAUUUAUUUAACAGCCUUUUUUUUCAUUAGGUGUUCACAGGGUUUGCAUAAAAUUGUCAGUGGCCUUGAUAUGAUUGUUGUUAAAAUUUAUCUGUUGAUGCCUGGGAGUCUAAACCAGAAGUCCUUUCUAAAUAACAAUGUUAGUAAUAAUUUAAUGUGAAUAAAAAAUACAUUAUUUAAUCAACAGUCAA